ACCAGUCCAGUCCUCACUCACUCUGACAUUGACAGUAGUACUACUACUGCCCACCAGCUCUGCGUAACAAGCACACUCUGACAUUGAUACUCAAGGGUGAAUUGAUCCAUUGAUGCCAUUGUUGGCAUGGGCGGAGGGAAGCUGCGGGAACUGAUCAUGUCGAGGCUGCACCCGGCCAAACGCGGCGGCGGCACGGUUCCCCGGGGCCACUUCGCGGUGUACGUCGGCGAUUCCCGGACCCGGUUCGUGGUGCCCACGGCGUACCUCCGGCACCCGGCGUUCCUGGCCCUGCUCGAGACCGCCGAGGAGGAGUUCGGCUAUGGCGGCGGCGGGAUCACCAUCCCUUGCUCCGAGCAGGACUUCGCCGCGCUCGUCGGCAGGCUCGGCUCCUCCUCGCCGUCUUCAUCAUCUUCCUCGUCCUGGCACUAGAUCGACCGAUCCCUGAUGGAUUGAUUGAUUCAUCGUUUCUCCCUCGAUCGAUCGUUGCCAGCGCCGGCGAAGAGAGCUUUGUGGAUUAUAAUCUUGGAUUUUUCUUCUUUUUUUUGGGUUCACGGCAGGCGAUGAUCGAUCGCAGUAUGUGUAUAUAGCUGUGCUGCGCCGCUCGUGGCCAGUUUGCACGAACCGAUGCUGCGAAAUUCAGAUAUUGGAUUGUUGAA